AUGGGUUAUCUCUCGUGUAAAGCCGACUCGUCCAUCUCAACCGUCGAUUCCCAUUCCGCCGGUAAAGAAAGACCUGUCAAGAUCCAGCAAUUCAGCUACUCGGACCUCGAGCUGGCCACCGCCAACUUCUCCGACGCCAGGCUCCUCGGCCGCGGCAGCCACGGCCUCGUCUACAAGGGCCUCCUCCGCGGCGGCCGCCCCGUCGCCGUCAAGAAGCCCUCCCACAAGACCCAGAGCCCCUCCGAAUUCGACAACGAGAUCGACAUCCUCUCCCGGAUCCACAGCCCCCGGUUCGUCAACCUCGUCGGGUUCUCCCGGCCCGACCCGACCCGCACGGACCGACUCCUGGUCGUCGAGUUCAUGAGCAACGGCACCCUCUACGACGCCCUGCACUCCAGCCCCCGCCCCCCGACCUGGGGCCGCCGGAUCCGCCUCGCCCUGCAGACGGCGCGUGCCGUCCACGCGCUCCACUCCCAGUCGCCCCCCGUCGUCCACCGCGACAUCAAGUCCGCCAACGUCCUCAUCGACCGGAGAUUCAGCGCGCGGCUCGGAGAUUUCGGCCUCGCCCUGCGGUGCGGCGACGGUUCCCGCUUGAAAUCGACCCCGCCGGCGGGGACCAUGGGGUAUCUGGACCCCGGGUACGUCACUCCCGACGGCCUGAGCACAAAGACCGACGUCUUCAGCUUCGGGAUUCUGCUCCUCGAGAUCAUCAGCGGCCGGAAGGCGAUCGACGUGUCCCACUCGCCGCCGUCGGUCGUCGACUGGGCCGUGCCCCUCAUCCGGAGGGGGAGGCUGCUGUCCGUCUACGACCCCAGGGUCCCGCCGCCGGCGGACGUGGCCGUCCGGAGGACGCUGGCGGUGGUGGCGGCCAAGUGCGUGAGGUCGUGCGGGGAGAGGAGGCCGUCGAUGGGGGAGGUGGCCGAGUGCCUGGCGGAGCUGAGCCGGCUGGUGCCGGUGGGCUCGUGGAGCGAUUUUGCAGUGAACCCGUGUCUGGCGGUUGAGGAUGUGGGGCAGCCGGCUAGGUCGAGCGGUGGGGACGACGAGGGUAGAAUUGGAAAAGGGGCGAGGAACCCGAGGAGGGUUUACUCUGACUUGGGCAAUAGGAGCAAUUUGAUGGACUUGAUGUCGGCCGGCCCGAAUGUGGGCCCGGAAUUUUUCGAUGGUGCUGGCCGGAGGAGUUUAAUUUGA